UCCAAUAAUUUUGUGAUACUGUUGAAGACUCACAUCAUCCAUGGCCUCUGCUGUUUCCAUUCCCUCAUCAUCACAACCAGAACCACCAAUGGUUCAUGCAUCUAAUAUUUUUAGCAUCAAAGAAUUAGCAGAAUCAAAAGGAGAUUCUUCUCUCAUCCCUUCCACCUACCACUCCAUCUCACAACUCCACCAUGAUGAUGAUGAUGAUGAUGCAGAAUACCUUGCAUCUUCCAUCCCAGUCAUUGAUUUUUCUCACCUCACUUCGCACCACCCUCAGACUCACACCAAAGCGGUGCAGCUACUCGGCAAGGCCUGUGCUGAGUGGGGUGUCUUCAUGCUCACAAAUCAUGGAAUUCCUGAGAAGCUGGUGGAGAAGUUGAUGGAAAAAUCUGGCGAGUUUCAUGAUUUGCCGAUAGAGGAAAAGAAGGAGUUUGGUGACAACAAGAGCCCUCUUGAACCCAUUAGACAUGGCACAAGCUUUUGUCCUCAAGUAGAGAAGGUUCAUUAUUGGAGAGAUUAUCUCAAGGCCAACACAUUUCCUCAAUUCAACUUCCCCCACAAACCACCGGGUUACAGGGACGUUGCUUAUGAGUAUAGCCAGAAAAUCAGAGGAUUGGCUAGGAAGUUGCUAGAAGGAAUAUCAGAGAGUUUGGGAUUAGCAUCCAAUUCUAUUAUUGAGUCCACUGAGUUUGACUCUGGCCAUCAAGUCUUCGUUGUUAACAUGUAUCCACCAUGUCCACAACCACAGCUUGCUCUAGGGUUGCCUCCACAUUCCGACAUUGGCUUAUUGACCUUGCUCACGCAGAAUGGAGUUGGAGGGCUUCAGGUUAAGCACCAUGGCAAAUGGGUCAACGUUAAUCCCCUUUCUAACUCCAUAACUGUCAUACUUGCAGAUCAACUCGAGGUUUUGAGUAACGGGAGGUACGAGGGCGUGUUGCACCGAGCAAUCCUGAACAACGAAGAGACUAGGAUUAGUGUUGUGUUGGUGAAUGGACCUGCUCUAGAUAAGGAAAUUGGGCCUCUGGCGGAGCUAUUGGAGAAGGAAAAGCCAUUGUUCAAAAGCAUGAAAUACCAGGAUUACUUCCAAUUUCAACAGAGGACACGGCUAGAUGAUAAAAAUACAUUGUACGAGAUUCGACUAAAUUAAUCCUCCACAAUAAUAUCAUAAUCUAUCUGUACCAGUCCUUCCAACUACACAGGGUGAAACUAAAGUAAACCAGUUUAAGAAGAAGAUGAAGGUACUAUAGAAGGUAAAUAUUUCAGACUUAAUUUGUUUUUGGCUGUCAUUAUGUUUUAGUUUCCCAGUCAUGUGUAUGAUUUGUUGGUUGGACAUUGUUUCUCAGCUAUAUUGUUGUUGCACUCUCAUACGUGAUACAUGUGUUCUGUGAUAGUGUUAUUAUUUAAAAAAAUUCUUAAUGUC